CUCCCUCCUCAAUGUGGCGUCAAGAACGCGAAGGGGAUAUGGAAGAUGAAACGUGUGUGGGUUGGGGAGACGACCAAAAGCGUUCAAAAAGAACUCUUCGAAGGCUACUUCUCCUUCAGCGUCAGCUACGACAGCAUGUACAGAAAAGCAGGUCAUGGAAGCGGGUCAAUGUGCCGGUUCGCGUUUUGGGGUGUUAGAGCAAUGAAGGAUAAUACGGGCAAGGAGAUUGGGUUGGGCCCAGGGAAGGGCAUU